AUGGCAGACGACACCACCACUCUCAAAGGAACAGACUAUGCCUACAAUCUCGGUCUAUUCGAACGUCGUGUGACUACCAAUAGCCCCGAAGCUCAAGUUUGGUUCAAUCGCGGCCUGAUCUGGGGCUAUGCCUUCAAUCACAACGAAGCGUCCACCUGCUUUGAGCGGGCCAUCGCCCACGAUGAAUCCUUCGCAAUGGCAUACUGGGGUCUAGCAUGGACAUCCGGCCCAAACUAUAACCAGCCAUGGGAAGCUUUCGGUCCUAAUCUGGAGAAUGUAGUUCAGCGCACCUAUCGGGCGUCCCGCAAGGCAAUGGCUCUUGUCGAUGGCACAACCCCGGUGGAACGAGCGCUCAUCACUGCCAUCCAGGCUCGCUAUCAAAGUGAUAAACCCGCACCGAUGGAGCAGUAUAAAAUUCAGAAUCAGGCCUUUUCCGAUGCGAUGGAAGUUGUUUAUCGGGAUUUUGGAGAUGAUGAUCUGGACGUGGCUACUCUCUACGCCGAUUCCCUUGUUACUCUGACGCCUUGGAAAUUGUGGGAUCUGGUUACCGGAGAGCCUAUCCCGGGAACACGGUCUAUUGAUGCUAAGAAGGUGUUGGAGAAGGCGCUGAAGCAUAAAGGUGCCAAGGGACAUCCUGGCUUGCUACACACAUACAUCCACCUGAUUGAGAUGUCGUCCACUCCAGAGCUCGGCUUAUCCCCCUCCGAUCAUUUGCGUUAUCUUGUUCCAGACUCGGGACACCUGUGCCACAUGCCAUCUCAUCUAGAUGUUCUCGUCGGAGACUAUCGGGCUGCCAUCCAAAGUAGCCAGCUCGCAACACGCGCAGACGAAAAGUUCAUGCAGCAGCAUGGUGUCAUGAACUUCUAUACAGUAUACCGCAUGCAUAACUAUCACACUCUGAUUUACGCAGCCAUGUUCGCGGGCCAAAAAGCCGUCGCACUCGAUGGAACCGAUCGCAUGGAAAAUUCCCUACCAAAAGAGGUUUUGACAACACUCGGAAUGGCCGACUAUGCCGAAGUCUUUAUCUCCGUCCGUUGGCACGUCAUGGUCCGUUUUGGCAUGUGGCAGGAAAUCAUCGAACGGGCUCUCCCCGAUGACCCAGUCGUAUACAGCGUUACCACCGCAAUGGCCCUCUACGCCAAGGGCGUCGCAUACGCAGCAACCGGCCGUGUCCCCGAGGCCGAAACCCACAGAGCCCUCUUCAUCGAGGCCGCAAAACGUAUCCCAGAUACCCGUCUCGACUUCCCGAAUAAAUGCAUCGACAUCGUACCAGUCGCAUCCGCCAUGCUAGACGGCGAAAUCGAAUACCGCCGCGGAAACUACACAGAAGCCUUUGCUCAUCUGCGCCGAUCCGUCGAGUUAGACGAUGGACUCGAAUACAGCGAGCCGUGGAAUUGGAUGCAGCCGGCGCGUCAUGCACUAGCUGCGCUAUUGCUGGAGCAGAACCAGGUGGAGGAAGCGGCGGCUGUGUACCGUGCUGAUCUUGGUCUGGAUAAUUCUGUUAUUCGGGCGCGCCAGCAUUUGAAUAAUGUUUGGGCUUUGCAGGGGUAUCAUGAGUGUCUUGUCAGAUUGGGAAGGGAGGAUGAGGCGAGGAGUAUUUGGCCGCAAUUGAAGGUUGCGGUUGCUUUGGCUGAUGUGCCUGUUACGUCGUCUUGUUUCUGUCGGACUGAUACCGAGAACGCGCCGAAGGUGAGUGGUUCUUGUUCGAAGGGGGGAUGUAACCUGUAG